GUAACUUUUUAAAUUAAUGAAUGUAUUUGUUGUUCGUGAAUGUAAUUUUUUAAUGAAUAAAAUUAAAUAAUUUAAUUUUAUUAAUUUAAUUUUAGAAAAUAUAUAUUUAAAAUUAAAAAAAUGAAAGUUUGAAAUAGGCUUGCCUUCAAACGUGAAUUGGUGAAGUUUGAAGCCCCCGCUAGACAGUGAUACCAAGAAGGCAUCUGGGAUCGAGCAAAGAAGACAUCAAUGUGGAAAUCCAUUUUGGGGGGAGAUGAAGAUCAGCAAGAUAACAUUUUGGACGAUCAAGAAGGUCUCUGCGCUAUAUCUCCUCUGCAGAGAGUAUAUGGGUUCGCUGCUUGUAUGGUCUCUGGCGUAGUUUGUAUGUUCUUGUGUUUUAUUGUUUUCGCAAAACCCAUCAAGUUUGGUCUUCUGUUCACGUUUGGCAACCUGUUGGCAGUUGGAAGCACAGCCUUUCUGAUUGGACCUCGGCAUCAAAUGACAGUGAUGCUUGAUCCUGGUCGUGUUGUUGCAACAUCACUCUAUAUAGGGUGUGUAGCCUUUGCCCUUAUAUGUGCACUUUGGAUCCACAACAAAAUUUUGACGGUACUUGCAAUCAUAUGCGAGGUCUUUGCCCUUAUCUGGUAUACUUCAAGUUAUAUCCCAUUUGCUCGAAGAAUGAUUUCAAAUGUGACAAUUCAUCUCUUUGACACGGAAAUCUAGAUGCUUCCCUGUGGAAGAGUAUGGUGAUGAGUUGGCAGAUCCCAGACAGUCCCAGUCGCUUCCUCUUUAAGGUAAUCGAUCAUGUUAUUCCUUCCAUGCCGUGAAGAAGGUGAAGGUGUUUGUCAGGCAUUGAAGACAUACCUUAUAUCCUCUCUGGUGCUCUCAAAGCUAGAACACGGGGAGACAUUAUAUUUGUACCCAAGGGUGUCUCCUAAGGCCGCCAUCUCCAUGUUAGUUUUGGAAGGAGAUACUCAGCAUUCAGUGUACUACAUAGCAAAUAAUUUGAGAGUGGUCGAGCCGAUGCGUUUUGUUGUUGAGAAGAUUGUUUAUUUAGUUGUUUGCCACACUUAUGCACGUAGAUAUAGUGCUCUUUACUGUUUUCAAAUGAAUGCAAUUCUCCACA